UUACUGAAAUAAGAAAUGUACAGAAAAAGUAAAUAUUUGUUCCGGUCUCAGUGACGUCAUCACUGUGCGACAGCGGAGCAGCACGUGUGUUCGGACCGAAUAGAACCGUUUGGGAUCCGGGUUCGAUCAGAGUCCAGCUGUGAUGGGGGACCAGAGCCGGCUGUGCUCCGUGUGGCUCGGUUCGGAGACCGGGAUCCUGAAGGGGGUCAGCGUGGCCCACAAGCAGGCCUUCAACUUCUGCAACACGCGCCAGCUGACCCGGGACCAGGAGAUCCGGGUCCUGUGCUGGGGGGACCCGACCCAGUCCGAGCUGCUCCUCGGAACCGUGGACGGGUCCGUGAAAACGUUCAGCACCGAGAAGGGGAUCUUCACGGAGGUUCGGCGCUGUGGAGACCCGGAGGAGGGCUGCUUCUCCGGCCUGGAGGCCCGGAACGGUUCGGUCCUCACCUGCGUGGAGUCCGGCAAGGUGCGGGUCUGGAGGGAGGACUCCUCCGAACCCGUCUCGGAACUGGACACUGGGAAGAACGUGUGCAGAAUGCGGCAGAACCCGGCCCAGCCGAACCGGGUCGGUACCGGAGGAAAGGAAAACGGCCUGAGGAUCUGGGACCUGGAGCGGCCCGACACCCCGGUCUUCACGGCCAAGAACCUCCGGAACGACUGGCUGGACCUGCGGAGACCCCACUGGGUCCGGGACCUGGACUUCAUCCCGAACUGUGACAAGGUGGUCACGUGCACGGGCUACCACCAG